UGCCUUGUAGCAGUCAUUGCUGUGAGAGUUGAGGCUCCACUCGGGAAUGAUGGGCAAUUUUUCCGUCUUCUUCAACGUCGUUGCUCGUUUUGAGUACCGAGGAAGCACCAAGAAAUUGAACUCGGAAACAACGCAUCGUUCUGGCCGAGAUGGCUUCUCAUCUUUCCGUCCAAGGUGGCUUUGGUCAUUUGCUAGUGAUUUGACCUUGAUUAAAGAAUUGGGCGACACUGCGGACAUGUAUAAUGAGGAAACAACCAACGGCCAACCGGUCUUUUCGGGGCAGUUUUUUUUCGGAGUUUUUUGAGCGGAACUCAUUUUGGGUCAUUAUCCGUCACUGUUCAUCAUAAUUUCAAGGGUCCUCGUGGAGAAGAAUCAGGAGAAUGCAGUUCAAUCAUAAUUUACUCCUUCACCUGAUCCAUCCUUUUGACAUUCGAUUAAUAAGAGUUCCUGCUUUGAAAUACUAGGAUAAUUGGAGAAUAUUGAAAAUAAUUUAUUUUGGCAGUGUUUUGCAUUUCCACCGAGAUCAUAGCAGAGUUUGCUGAAAUGUAAACAAUCGAGGCUCUUUCACUACAAAUUUAGCUUAUUGACUUUGGGAUUUGUUGUUAGAUAAACGGCUUCUACGCGACCAAAUGACCACAUCAAGCUCAACUUCUUUUCCACUCUCUAAUCUUGUGUCAGUUCAGUGUGAUUUAUGGCCCAUAAACGAAUGUGAAAGCGAUGACUUGACCAUUCCCAGCUUCAAUAGUUUCCGUCGGCGUUUGGAUUCCACCACCUCCCAGGAUUCCUAUUGUUCGAGUCCAAUCCCGUGUCCGGUGACUGAAGCCGUCACCUCGGCUGAAAUCAGUCCCCAGAGAACGUCUGUGGCUUCCAUUCAAUUGUGUCCAAGCCCUCUGGUUCAGCGUCGGCGAAAUCAGUCUCAAUCACCACAAAGAAGAAUGAAUCGUGUGGCCCAUCCGUCAUCCUACCAUUCCACCAAUGGCAUUUCCAUUUCUUCCACGGCCAGACGAAACCCCACUUCAGCCGUGCCGUCGAAUGUGCGGCCCACCCGUCCCACAACGCAGCGGUCGAUUUCAGUUCAAUCUAGCGUCCGUGGUCGGGAUACCUCCCAGAAUGGCCCUCGAAAACCACCUGCCAUCUCGGCCACGGGCACCAACGGUUCUACCCGUGCUUUGAACGGGUCGACCCGCACAUUGAAUGGAUCUAACCGCAACUUGAACGGUUCCACCAAGAGUAUCAGUGGAUCGACUCGGAGUAUCAACGGCUCCGCUCGACCUUUAAAUGGUUCUAGCCGUAAUUUAGCGGCAUCUAACCGCAAUUUGGCGCCCCCAAGACCGGCCAUGAAUCGUUCCGUUUCAGCCGAUCCUCGAUUGGACGACCCCGAGAUCCAAGCCAAGUUGGGAAACAGAGCAACCAAAGUGGUGCAAAAGAGCCUAGGAGCUUGUGGUGUUUGCGGCAAGGCCAUCAAUGAGGAUGGCUGCACGGCCUUUGGAAAGUUCUACCAUAAGACCUGCUUCAAGUGCACUGUGUGCAGACAAAAGAUCACGGGCAAAUUCUUUGAGAAAAACGGCAAACCGUAUUGCGCUAAGGACUUUCAACAAUUACAAGAAAGCUGCACCGUAUGUAAGCUUCCCAUCAAAGGCGAUUCAGUGGUAUCGAACGACAAACCUUUCCAUCCUGAAUGUAUGAAAUGUUUCAUUUGCGGUGACUCUCUGCGAGGCCAGUUUCUCACUUUCCAAGACAAACCCAUCUGUGAAAGAGAUUACAAGCAAAAUGCGGACAAAUGUUCCAUUUGUGGCGAAGUUCCCAUGGGAAAGUUCUUUUCAGCCGACGGCGAAAUUCGAUGUGAAAAAUGUCACGAUGAUGAGUGCGAAAAAUGCUUGAAAUGUCGGGAGCCUGUGGUGGGCAAAGUGAUCACGAUCAAUUGUGGAUCAUCUUAUCAUCCAGAUUGCUUCUCUUGUCAAGUUUGCAAAAAGACCCUGGUUAAUUUGCCAUUUGUAUCGGAUGAUAAGCAUCAAAUCUAUUGCCCAGAAGACUGGAACAAGAAAAAGGCCGCAAAAUGCGCUUUCUGUAAGAAGGCCAUAGUUCCGAAAAAUGGCCAAAAGACUGCAUCUCGCCUUCGAGCCAUGGGCAAGGAUUACCAUCCCGAAUGCUUCCAGUGCGAGGAUUGUAACCUGGUCUUGGAUUCCAAAGACCGUUUUCGCCAGUGCUAUCCCUACAAGAACCACGUCCUGUGUUACAAAUGUAACCGCAAGAAGCUGAGCAGCUCUGAAUCAGAAUGCGAUGAUGACGAUGAUGAGGAAUAAACUUGUGGCCAAAAGCCACCUUGUUAUUGUAAUAUUAACCUAUAUUAAUCCACCCAAGGCUAUCAUAACCUUCAACACCCACCACACCACAACGUAUACCCUUAUUCAUCCUCACAUCAUAUGAGCAACAGCGUCUUUAUCGCCAUCCACCACCAUCAUCCUUGUCAAAUAGUGGAAGAAGCCUCAAAAGACUAAUCGUCGCCAUUCCCUCUCUUGGAUCUAUUAUAUUUGUCCUGUUGUGCUUUCAUUCCCUUUCUCUCUGUCUCUCUCCCUUUGUAGAAUACAGCCAAGCUAAUUUUGAUCAAAUAAACAACAAUCAAGAUUAUUAUGGAA